AUGGGCCAAAAAGGUCCGCCAUCUAUAUCAAACCCCUCGUCCUUCCGGUUUGUCCCAGGUCAACCGGGGAACAAUAGCGACAACAACAAGAAGCAACACAGCGGGACUGAAUAUCACGAAGAUGACAUAGAGAAAGACCUGGACGAGCUUUCUGACGAAGAAUGGUUUCAGACAGGAGUCGACUUUGUUCUGUCCGCACAACCUUCGGGCCAUGCUGCGUCAAUGCAAGGCACACUGCUACAACUUGCACCCCCAACCCUCGACAGCGACUCGCGAUGGCAGGUUUCGGCGGAAGUUUUUCAAAAACUGUUCGAGAUGGCGGACAAGCUUGACUUGAAUGGGUACAUUACUCCCGUCCAAGCGUGGAACAGGAUAAGGGACCAUGAGAACUUCCCACGAUUGACGCGUGAGAGAUUGAAAACACUGCAGAAUGCCAUGAGGCCUCAUAUCAAGUGUCAGGGAUUCGCAGCAAUCAUGGAGGAAGCCAUUUUCGAGAUAUUGCUAAACAAAGCUCUUGGUCCGUGA